AUGGCAUCUCCCUCCCCCAAACGCCCCUCCCUUCCUCUCCCCUCCUCCUACUCCACCCUUCCAUUCACAGAGAUCCGUUGUCACCAUGUUCCCGCUUCCUCGCCCGAGCCCACGCGCACCAUCCUGCUUGAGCUCUACCGUCCCAAGAACUACAAUGCCUUCACCGAGACUAUGAUGUCCGAGCUGGAGUACGCCUUCACCCUGUUCGACGUAGACGACCGCGUCAAAUGCAUCGUCGUUACAGGCCAUGGCAAAAUGUUUUGCGCUGGCGCUGAUCUCGUGCGCGGGUUCAUUGGCGGCAAAGAGGAGCCACGGGAUCACAGAGAUGGUGGUGGGAGGGUAGUGCUCGCGAUCCACAGGUGUAGGAAGCCGGUGAUUGGAGCGUUGAACGGGAGUGCAGUCGGUAUUGGGAUCACGAUGACGCUGCCAAUGAGCAUAAGGGUUGCGUACAAGGACGCAAAGAUCGGAUUCGUGUUUGCGAGGAGGGGUUUGGUUAUGGAGGCGUGUAGUAGCUUCUUCUUGCCUCGAUUGAUCGGCAUGUCCAAAGCUCUGCAUCUGACGACGACUGGGUCGACAUACCCAGCCUCCCAUCCCUUGCUGAAUACGCUCUUCUCGGAGAUCGUUGACACCCAGUCUGCGGUCCUCCCGCGCGCCCUGGAAAUCGCUGACGAGAUCGUCAAGAACACCAGCACCGUCUCAACCUUCCUCAUGCGAGAACUCAUGUAUCGUGACGCCGGCAGCGCAGAGGGCCAGCAUCUCUUGGACAGCCGCAUCAUCUAUGAGCUUUUCGGUAGCAAAGACAAUACCGAGGGCGUGAAGGCUUUUAUGGAGAAGCGAGCCUUCAACUUCACCGGAACCAUGCAGAAUGAUGCUCCGGCUGGGUGGCCAUGGUAUCAGCCUUCUGAUACGAGCGUAAGGCCCCGGCCGGAAGGGUAUAAAUUCUUACCUAAACUGUAG